UUUGACAAUUGUUUUCGAUUUUUAUCUCUUGUGUUAUUGCAAAGUGCUCGUGUUAUUGUAAACCUUAAAUGGAUUUAAUAAGCGAUGAUAUCCGGCCAUGGGACGCCAACGACGUUAAAGAACAGUUCGGAGACAGUCUCAUGCUAUUGCCUUCGAACGAUAAUAUCAAAGAGCUGCAGAGUAUUUUACGAGAUAAAAAUACAUCGCGAAGUGAUUUCAAGUUUUAUGCGGACCGUUUGAUAAGGCUAGUAAUCGAGGAGAGUCUGAACAAGCUGCCGUUCACGGACUGCGAGGUGGUGACGCCCACGGGAGCGUUGUACAAAGGGUUGAAGUAUGGAGCCGGGAACUGUGGUGUGUCUAUUGUGCGGUCCGGAGAGGCUAUGGAACAAGGUCUCAGAGAUUGCUGCCGCUCCAUCCGCAUUGGCAAGAUCCUGGUGGAGAGUGACACAGACACGCACGAGGCACAUGUAGUGUAUGCCAAGUUCCCCGAGGACAUUGCUCGGAGACAGGUGCUGCUCAUGUACCCAAUCAUGUCUACGGGAAAUACUGUUAAACAGGCAGUGAACGUCCUGACACAACACGGUGUGAAGGAGGAUCGCAUCAUACUGUCCAACUUGUUCUGCACGCCCGCCGCCGUCCAGGCCGUGGUAGACUACGUGCCCCGGAUGAAGAUACUCACCUCCGAGCUCCACCCGGUAGCGCCUAACCACUUUGGACAGAAGUACUUUGGGACCGACUGAAAGUUUCUAGGGCCAAUUGUUUGCUUUAACUAUUUUGUCUGGUAACUUAAGAGACAAAACAAAGGUUCACUGUCUAACAAUCCUAAUUUAAGGAACAUGUGAUCUUUUUCCCCUCAUGGUGAAGAAAAGUUGAUGGUUAACACAUUCAGUGCCGAAAAUCCGACUAUCGGGUAUUUAUGAUUAUUUCAUUCCCAAGCCGGACGCUUUGACUGGGUGGCAAUGAAUGUGCUAAUACGCUUUUUAAAUUUGUUUUUUUUUGUACAACUGCAGCUUCAAUAUUUUGAUAAAUUUCUUAAUUGCAAGUUUGUUAAAAAUAACAACACUAAUAUUUUCAUUGUGGUUCGUGAGAAUUGCGUGGAUAUAGAUGGUAUUCCACCUGUCCAAUGGUAUAGCGUCUCACUCUGUCAUUAAGUAAAAUGUGUGAUGUGUGUGUGACACAUUGAACAAAGAAAUUGGACAGAUGGAAUACCACCCAGUUUGUGAUAAACUACUUAAAAAUGUAAGUUUAAAAGAGUAUUUGUCCAAAAAUACCAUGAUAUUCAAUCUCAUAACAUUAUUUAUUAGAAAUAUAAGCUAAAAAACAACUGAACUAUUAUUUAUUAUAUUUAGGCUGUGCACAACCAAUUGUAUUUACAGUAUCAUGACAUGACCAUAAUUAAUGUGCUACCAAUGAAAUAUGCUAAUGGCUUGUGCCUUGCCUUGGUUCAGUUUAAUUCCAGAUAUUUUUAACUGGUCAGGACGUUUAUAAAUUGUAUUAUACUAAAUUGUAGUCAUUAGGAUAAAAUGAGAAUAUAUUUGUUUAUUUAUAAAA